AUGUCGACCAUGGCCUUCUUGCGUGCGACCGCGCAAUGGCGGCGCGUCUCCGGCGUCUCUGGCGCGCGCGCGUCCGCUUCGGCGCGUCGCUGGAGCACGGGAGCGCGGAUCUUGAAAUCCGAUGUGCCGGACAUCAUCUUCCACUUCGCGGUGGAGGAAUAUUUGAUGAACUUCGCCAAAAUCCGUGCGCCUCUGAUGUAUCUGUGGCGACCGCAGCCUGUGGUGACCAUUGGACGACAUCAAAAUCCUUGGAAGGAGUGUGUCCUUUCCCGCCUGGAGGAGGAUGGCGUGGCGCUGGUGCGGCGGAGGUCGGGAGGUGGUGCCGUGUUUCAGGACGCGGGAUGUAGCGUUUUUACCUUCAUCUUCCCUUCUUCUGACUUCCACAUCGACCGCAACCUGGACACUGUGCUGGGUGCCCUGCGGCGCUUGGGGAUCGAGGCAGAGAAGAAAGGGCGCAACGACCUCACCCAUGAGGACAAGAAGAUUUCCGGCAGCGCCUUCAAGCAUGCGCCAGACCGACAGGUGUCACUACAUCACGGGACCAUCUUGAUCGAUACGGAUUUGACGGCCCUGCAGCGGUAUCUGACACCGGACAAGAGGAAACUGCAAGCGAAAGGCAUCGCCAGUGUGGGCGCGCGGGUGAUGAACCUGCGAGAAAGCUUUCCCAAGUUGACUCAUCAGCAGCUCUGUGACGCGCUGAUUGAGGAGUUUCGCGAGCGCCACGGGGCCACAGAGCCUCUCGAGGAAGUGACGGAGAGGUCCGAGCUGACGCGAGCGGAAGCGUUUCAGGAGCUGGUUGCUGAGUUGAGCGACAAGUCCUGGCGAUUGGGAAAGACCCCGGAAUUCUCGCAUCAAUUCGAGACGCGCAUCGACGGCGUGGGCGUCUUUGAUGUGCAUCUGAAAGUGGUGCAAGGGGUCAUUGAGGAUGCCACAAUCUUUACCGAUGCGCUCUUUCCGGAUGUCAUCACGCAGGCCAUGCAUGCGCUGAAGGGCCGGGACUACGGGCGGCACAGCAUGCGCCAAGCGCUGCUGGAGCUGCGGCCGCAGUUUGUGGAGGAAGGGCCCAGGAAGAGCCUGGAUGCCAUGACGGAGUGGAUGAUCUCCAAUGUGGAGGACUAG